AUGUCCCGGACUGAAAGAAUCACAGGGCUGUCCGCCAAGCUCGGAGAGGGCGCGUUGGCUGUUGUCGGAGUCGCCCUUUACAGCAAAGCCGUGGCGGAUGUAUUUUCACGCGACUUUACCGUCUUGGAGAAGGCCGCAGUCGUGACGUCCAUCCUGCCCGGCAUCGGCUGCGCUUUACAGCUUGCAAAUGAUGUAGAACGGGGACAUGUUGACGUGGCCAACACCGAGUUAUGCUUUGUUGAAGAUGCUCUACUGAUCACUGGGUUCUGGGAAAUCGCCCUAGCACUUCAGAUGGCAGAAGGGGUCAAGGAUUGGUUUGAAGCAGAGCAUGAGCGGAUGAAACUCUACAACCUCACGGGCGAUCUGCACGCCGCUCACAAGGUCUUGCGAAACGCCACAAUCGCGGGAGGAAGAAUAUAUGCCGGCAGCGUGCAGUCCAUGGAAACGGCACAGAAGAUGGGCCUGACAGAAGAUUGCCAGGCCCUCUUCACCACGUGCCUGGUUCCAAGCGGGAAGGGCGACGUUGGUAGGCCUCUGUGGUGCCAAUAA